AUGGUCUUUGCCGAUGUCCAAGUUGAAGAAGAGCAACCGACCAAAAGGAGGCGGGCCGAGCCACGGAGGCUAUGGCGAUUCCGAAUUCCGAGUCCGGCAGAAUUCGAUCUUGAAGAUUCAGAGGCCUCGACGGCCGCGGAAAUGGAAAUUGAAAGACCUUUGGGUCAUGAUCGAACCAACAAGCGAUUCAGCACCGCUGGGCCUUUCGGGGUAGGGAUUGCACGCAUCUCACCAGAGCUAGUGAAAAAUGAGCGGAGCGCUCCUGGUUGCAGUGUUGAAUCGGAAGUAAUCUGUGGUGAAGGUGCGGAUCAAGGGGACCCCUUCGGGGAGGGAUGCUGCGCAAUUCAGCAGGUCAAGUCGAAAGUGGAUCUCAAUUCCACAAAACCCAGCUUGAAUGUCGCUGAUUUGGAAGGGUUCAGCCAAUUGGACGGUGCCGCCGGUGAUUGCAGGCGGAAGGAAACUCGGGUGCGUAAGGCGGAAACGGAAAAUCCUUCGGGAGCGUUUUUCGCGGUGGUGGGCGGGAUUAGCGGAGGUCUGAUCCGAUUUUGGGAGAUCAAACCGAAUCUCCUUCCAAGGACUCCUAAUCCUAAACCAAAUCGAUUUCUAAAUAAAAAUCGGAGCAGGGGAAUCUCCCUCUUGCUGGAGAACUCGGAGUCUUUUGCCUUUAAAUUGACUUCUCCCCCUGCUUCCCCACUUCGGUGUAUUGCUUGGGUUUCUGGAUCUACUAGCGCGGACGGAAGAAAAAGCUCCCACCGACUGCUCUGGUUUCCAAGACAACAUCAGGGUAAAGUUUCUUUGGCCGAAACCCAUUCAUCUUUUUAUGGUUUGCGAGUUCUACUCACCCCUGCUUUGACGAGUAAUUGUGUCACUUUGCCGAGCGAUGCAACGAGGAAGCUUCCUCUCCCUGGCUCGCCGGUAGGUCCGGCGACAACGAAGAGCUCUCUGCCCCCUACGGUUUUGACCGCCGAUGCUCUGCUUGCGAAGUCGAGCAGCCGAGGGAGACGAAGUUCGGGCCAGCAACCAUUACCUAGUGUUGGGCCGGCCUAG